AUGCUCACCUCCGGCUUCACCAACACGCCCGUCACGAAGCUGCUCGUCGCGUACACGGUCAUAACGGCGUUCGUGGCCAGCGUGGUCGACGUGCAGUACCUGUUGUAUGUGAAGAUUGUGCCGCAUCUCUGGGAGUAUGGGCAGUGGUGGCGGAUCCUUACCUGGCAGCAGUUCUGCUUCGCGAAUUCGACAGAGGUGUUGUUCGCAGCAAUGACGUUCUACCAACUGCGAGUGAUAGAGCGGAUGUGGGGGUCGCGAAAGUUCGCCUCCUUCAUCGUCUCGACGCUCCCAUACACGACGCUGCUGCCGCCGCUCCUCCUCGCCCUCAUCGUCCGCCCCCUCACCUUCAACCACGCAAACUACCUCCCCGCAGGCCCGACGCCCCUUCUCUUCGCCCUGCUCGCGCAGUUCCACGCCGCCGUGCCGCACACGUACAAGUACCGGCUCGCGAGCUCUGCGCCGCGCGCCAACACCACCACCAACAACAACAGCAGCAGCAGCAGCAGCGGCAGCGGCGGUGGCUCCGGCAAUGCUGGCACAGGCACAACAACCCUCCUCCUAACCUCCAAAACCCUGUCCUACCUCCUCCCAGCCCAGCUCGCCCUCUCCGCCCUCCCAGGCUCCCUUCUCUCCGCUGCCAUCGGCUGGGCCGUCGGCUACGCCUGGCGCAACGACAUGCUGCCGCUAGGCAGCAGCACGUGGCGGGUGCCGGGGUGGGUGGUCGGCGAGGCCAGUGCCCCCAACACCACCACCACCAGCAGCAGCAGCAGGGGCGGCGCUGCGACGGGAGUGGGAGAUGCGGGCGCCGGCGCCGGCAGGCAGGAGUUCGAUACCCUGCGGCGGCGGAUGGAGCGCGAAGCAGCAGCGGGGACGGGGACGGGCACGUCGUCGGCGGUGGCGGAUGCGGGGGCCGGUGGGGGCGCGGGGGCGGGUGGGCGUGGGGGAGUGGAUGCAGAGGCAAGGCGGCGAGGCACAUUGGGCGGGUUGUUGGCUGGGCAGUUUGGUGGCGUGCGCGGCUGA